AUGCACUACGGACACAGCUGGGUCAACCACACGCUCAACUUUGUGGACCCCGUUUCGGGCACGCACACGAACACGAUCGAGGGCCUGUGGGAGAUGCACAUUAAGCGCCUCAUCAAGGCGAUACACGGAAUGAGUCAGAAAUACCUGGACGGGUACAUCGACAAGUUUAAGUGGAGAUCGUGGGUUUUCCCUCUCCAGGCGAGC